CCGGGAAGAGCUUCUCUGUGACUCGUACAUCCCUCGCAUGGUUCCGGUUAAGCGAGCGUGAUCCGCCGUGCUCAGACUCUUUUCUCUCGUUUUACCAAAACAGCCGCAGCAGACCCGCGCGCCCCUCCUGAUUCAGCAGCCCCUGAACGGACACCUUCAACCCCGCGGACAUGGCGACUCCCGUCUCUGGCUCAGUUCAGUCCAACCCGGCUCCAGCUCCGGCGCUGCAGAGAGGAAUAGUGAAGAUGGUCUUAUCCGGAUGUGCCAUCAUUGUAAGAGGCCAGCCACGAGGUGGUCCUCCCCCAGAGCGACAGAUCAACCUCAGCAAUGUCCGUGCUGGUGCCCUCGCCCGCCGUGCCAUCCAGAACCAGCCUGAGACUAAGGACACACCUGAUGAGCCCUGGGCUUUCCAGGCUCGAGAGUUCCUACGCAAAAAGAUGAUUGGAAAAGAGGUGUGCUUCACUGUGGAGAUCAAAACCCAGCAGGGCAGAGAGUAUGGCAUGGUGUAUCUGGGAAAAGAUACAUCAGGAGAGAACAUUGCUGAGUCGUUGGUUUCUGAGGGACUUGCCACAGUCCGCAGAGAGGGUAUCAGAGGCAACAAUCCUGAUCAGGCCAGACUGUGUGAUUUGGAAGACCAGGCAAAGUCCUCAAAGAAGGGUAUGUGGUCCGAGGGUGGAGGGUCGCACACAAUUCGGGACCUGAAGUACAGUAUCGAGAACCCCCGCAACUUUGUGGACUCCUUGCAUCAAAAACCUGUCAACGCUAUUAUCGAGCAUGUUCGAGAUGGCAGUGUUGUGCGAGCACUCUUGUUACCCGACUACUACCUGGUCACAGUGAUGCUGUCUGGAAUAAAGUGCCCAACAUUUAAACGGGAAGCUGAUGGGGCAGAAACUCCUGAGCCGUUUGCAGCAGAGGCAAAGUUCUUCACUGAGUCCCGGCUACUUCAGAGAGACGUGCAGAUCAUUCUGGAGUCUUGUCCCAACCAAAUUAUCCUGGGCACCAUCCUCCACCCGAAUGGAAACAUCACAGAGCUGUUGCUGAAGGAUGGCUUUGCACGCUGUGUUGACUGGUCUAUGGCAGUGUACACCCAGGGGGCAGAGAAACUGCGGGCAGCAGAACGCUCAGCAAAAGAGCGUAAAGUAAGGAUCUGGAAAGACUAUGUUGCUCCCACUGCUAACCUGGACCAGAAGGACAGACAGUUUGUGGCAAAGGUGAUGCAGGUGGUGAAUGCAGAUGCCAUUGUUGUGAAGCUGAACUCUGGCGAAUACAAGACCAUCCACCUGUCCAGCAUCCGGCCCCCGAGGAAUGAGGGCGAGGAGAAGAACAAGGACAAGGACAAGCGCUUCCGUCCACUGUACGACAUUCCUUACAUGUUCGAGGCCAGAGAAUUCCUGAGAAAGAAGCUGAUUGGAAAGAAGGUCAACGUCACUGUAGAUUACAUCAGAGCUGCCACCACUGCUGCAGAAACUGGCCCCGUCCCUGCUUUCCCAGAGCGCACCUGUGCCACGGUCACCAUCGGAGGAAUAAAUAUUGCUGAAGCUCUGGUCAGUAAAGGCCUUGCUACAUGCAUCAGAUAUCGGCAGGAUGAUGAUCAGAGGUCCUCUCACUAUGAUGAGCUGCUGGCUGCAGAGGCACGGGCCAUCAAGAACGGGAAAGGACUUCACAGCAAGAAGGAGGUCCCCAUUCACAGAGUUGCCGACAUCUCUGGGGAGACCCAGAAAGCCAAGCAGUUCCUGCCGUUCCUGCAGAGAGCAGGCCGUUCGGAGGCGGUGGUCGAGUACGUGUUCAGCGGCUCCAGACUGAAGCUGUACAUGCCCAAAGAGACGUGCCUAAUCACCUUCCUCCUUGCCGGAAUCGAGUGUCCACGAGGCUCCCGAAACAUUCCCGGUGGAACGGCGGAGCCCUUCAGUGAGGAGGCCACACUGUUCACCAAGGAGCUGGUACUGCAGAGAGAGGUGGAGGUGGAGGUAGAGAGCAUGGAUAAAGCAGGGAACUUCAUAGGCUGGCUUCACAUCGAGGGAGUGAAUCUGUCUGUGGCUCUGGUGGAGAACUCCCUCUCUAAGGUCCACUUCACAGCCGAGCGCAGCUCCUACUACAAGACCCUGCAGUCGGCCGAGGAGGUGGCCAGGCAGAGGAAAGACAAGCUCUGGGCCAAUUAUGAGGAGAAGCCAACAGAAGAGGUGGCCCAGGUAUCAGAAGAGAAGGAGCGCGUGGCCAACUACAGGGCUGUGUACGUCACCGAGAUCACAGACGGACUGCACUUCUACACACAGGAUGUGGAAACAGGAGCACAGCUGGAGAACCUGAUGGAGACCAUGCGGGCAGAGAUCGCAGCUCAGCCACCUGUGGAGGGGUCUUUCACCCCGCACAGAGGAGACUACUGCAUGGCCAAGUUUGCUGACGGAGAAUGGUACAGAGCUCGUGUGGAGAAGGUUGAAUCCCCAGCAAAGGUUCAUGUGUUCUACAUCGACUAUGGCAACAGAGAAGUGUUGUCUUCGGUGCGUCUCGCCACUCUUCCUCCUGCCUUCAGCACCCGGGCCCUGCCUGCUCAGGCCACAGAGUAUGCCUUUGCCUUCAUCCAGGUCUCGCAGGAUGAGGAUGCCCGGGCUGAUGCAGUGGACUGCAUUGUGAAGGACAUUCAGAACACACAGUGUCUGCUGAACGUAGAGUACAGCGGCGCUUCCUGCCCACACGUCACCCUGCAGUUCACAGACUCCAAAGACGACGUGGGUCUGGGCCUGGUCAAAGAGGGGCUUGUGAUGGUAGAUGUCCGCAAGGAGAAACACCUGCAGAAAAUGGUGACCGAGUAUCUAAAUGGCCAGGAGUCUGCAAAGAGUGCCAGACUCAACAUUUGGCGCUACGGAGACUUCCGUGCCGAUGACGCAGAUGAGUUUGGCUACAGGCGCUGAGUCCCUGCCAUUCCAAAGACCUUGUGGAAGAUAAGAUGCAUCCGCAGAGAGAAAGAGGAAAAAGAAUCUAAACAUCACAAGCAAGCGUUUAUAUGCUCUCUUAUUUUUUGGUAAUAUCGCAACAUUCAUCUCUCUCGGUCUUCUUUGACACUCUGUGCAUUUCCCCUCUUCUCCCCAAGGUUUUUUCCCCCAUUUUUUUUUUUCUUUCCUUUUUUUUCUUUUUAAAAAGAGAGCAGGGCUACAGGUGAAUUCACUUGUAGAUACUUAAAAUAGGACCAACGUACCGUGACAUUUUAGCCAAUCAUCAUUUCCAUUUUCAUUUUAGCCAAACAAACUGUUUAACCAAACACACCAAACAGCCAAACUCUUUGUAGUUCUGCUCCAGCCUGAGCUCCACUUCAGAGGGCGGAGCUUUCAGAAGGGUGGGGUCUGCACAGAGGACUCAUGAACUCGACAGCUUCCUGAGAAAACGCUUCCUUAAUCAUGAGAAAAGUUCUAUAUUUAAAUGUAUAUGGAUAUUAUUUUGAUGCUAGAUAAGUGCACUCAAAGUGAAACUAACGAGUGUGUUUUUUAAAUGUAUGAGUGUUUGACCUUUCUGGACUUUUGUGUAAGGAGUGUGUUUUUUCUCGCUCUCUCUCUCUUUGUGGCACAAAGAAAAGCUGCCAACGCCUUGACAAGCAUUCAUUCUACUCCUCUGGGAUGUUUACAUAUAACGGUCAUUUCUUUGUCUUCUCCUCUCUGUCUCGCUCUCCUGCCAUAGCAGAAACAACAGUGUUUGAAUUAUUUUCCUUCCAAGGUAGACCCUGUCAUUGUAUUUAAAUCUGCUGAAUAAAAAUGAGCAAAGUCUU